GUUACUCAUUUCGAUAGUGUAAGAGCUUAAUGUGAACAGUUUCAAGCGGAUUUGUUAUAUGCGGAGUGGCGAUGUCACGCCUGGGCAUCACCCUUGCACCCCCGACGAAUGUAGAGCAAGGAUCUUAUCAGCAUACCAGAUACCAGGUGUUAUUCGGUGUAAAAAACAUCACAACUAUCUUAGCUAGGUAGAACUAGGAUUAGAGCGGAGUAAUACUUAACAUGUCCUUUGGCAUUCCUAGAUCCUAAUGGUUUUCUGUUACUUCUAAGAACGCAUACUCAGACAUCUAACCUAGGUCAAUACACUACAACAAUGUCGGAGAAAAUAGGCAUCCCCAGUGCCGAGAGCGUGGCCUCUGAUACAGAACACGGCGCUGGCCUCGUAUUGCCGAAAAAGAACAUAUUGGGGGGCUUCAUACAACGGCGAAAUGAUCUAAACCAGCUAGGAAAAGACAUGUUGCAGCAGUCGUUGCAAUACGACCGAGCGCAACUUGAAGCAGACGCCAAAAAGGUCCGAUGGAAGUUGGACCUUAUGGUGCUUCCCAUGAUGAUGAUCACAUACAUGUUGUCAUUUCUCGACAAGCAGACCCUUAACUACUCGAACGCAUAUGGCUUACAAGAAGACACGAAGAUGACUGGGAACGAUUACUCCUGGGUCGCAUCAGCUCUCUACUUCGGUUGGCUCUGCGGAGCGUGGCCGUGGAACCUACUGCUACAACGCGUCGCUAUCGGAAAACUGGUCGGUGGCAUGUUAUUCGUUUGGGGGGCCGUCUGCAUGCUCCAAGCCGCGGUCUUUAAUUUCAGUGGCUUCUUUGCUGUCCGGUUCUUCCUAGGCAUGCUUGAGGCCUGUAUCUCGCCUGCGUGGGUGCUCCUAACUUCGAUGUUAUGGACUCGUCAAGAGCAAUCCUUGAGAAGUUCCAUUUGGCUGUGUACGAAUGGCCUGGCAAACAUCCUCGGGGCUCUCCUAGCUUAUGCCUCGGGCGUUGCCGAGGGACUCGCGAUAGCACAAUGGAAGUUGAUAUUCCUGAUAGUCGGCGCUGUCACGUUUAUAUGGGGAUUUGUCAUCUUUCUCUACCUCCCCGAUGGACCACACAAUGCGAAGAUGCUGACAGAAUAUGAACGUGCCGUUGCUGUUUGGCGUGUCUCCAACAACCAGAUCGGCCUCAAGGACGCGACUUUUCGGUCAUACCAAGUCAAGGAGGCCCUGCUGGACGGAAAAUGCUACUUGCUGUGGCUGACUGGAAUGGGACUCGGAAUCCUCAACGGUGCUAUAACCACCUUCAUGUCCGCUAUAAUCAAGGGGUUCAACUUCGACGCGCUCAGAACAUCUCUGUUACAGACGCCGGGAGGCGCGGUCCAAGUCGUUGCCUGCAUCUUACUAGGGUUAUUCUCGCAACUCCCUAAUAUGGUGGGCGCAGCUAUCAUCCUUGGAUGCUUACCUGGCAUAGCUGGACUGGUAGGUAUCCUGACCAUUAAUAUCGAGCACCGUUAUGCGCUUGUCGCUAUGUGCUGGCUGGAAUUCGUCAUUGGAUCGCCCGUUGUUUUGAGCUGGACAAUUCCCGGUAUCAAUGUAGCUGGGCAUACUAAGAGGAGUACAGUGAUGGGGAUUUAUUUCGUCUGUUUCGUCGUUGGAAAUAUUAUCGGCCCUCACUUGUUCCUGUCGUGGGAGGUGCCUAGGUACCCAACCGCAAUUAAAGGCCUUCUUGGCACUUAUUGUGCUGUUGUUCUCCUCCAGGGACUAUACACAUUGUGGUGUUGGCUUGACAAUAAGGAACGAGACCGACUGGCUCUCCACAACGAGGUAACAGAAGCAGAAUUGCUGGAGGGUUUCGAGGAUUUAACUGAUAAGGAGAACAAACACUUCCGGUAUAAGCUUUAAAGGCACUAUGGAUGUUACGGUUACCUAUAAGUUGAUAAAGAGUAAAUACCUAUGUUCUCGAGCAUUUUUAUAUAAUAGGGGAGCUGUCAAUCAACAUAGACUACUACCUACCUUGGGUAUAUAACAGUUAGUUAACUGGUACGAACCUAAGCUCGUCAUUACGCGGCGGGGAUCAUCUUCUAUCGGCCGUCGUUGAUUGGUCAAUUGGAAGGCGACAAGCUUGAACGCCGAGCUUGGACGAUCACAUCUCAACGGAGUGUCCGGUUUGUUCGUGUAUUCAGUUCAGAGCAGCAAGUCUGCCUAAGCUACGC